AAGAGACGCCUCAACGGUGGGAGGAGGCAGAAGAGUAAUGGAGAGAGAAAAAAAAAAGCAGAAGGCGGUAAUAACGGCAGUCCAAAGUUCACGUGCGGUUGCUGCAGGUACACCUGUGGAUGGGUGGCUCACACACCUGAGCUCUGAGUGUGUGUGUGUGUGCGUGUGUGUGUGUGUGUGUGCGUGUGUGUGAGAGAGAGAGAGAGAGAGAGCAGUUGUGAAGAAGAGGGGUCUGCUCACAGUCUCAGCUCGCAGGAUCCCGUCAAGAGGGUUAGAGAAGAGGGGUCAACAUGCGCUCACCUCCACCUGAGUCUCAGCCAGCUCAACACACCUGUGUGGAUUUACAUGUACACUGCUGGAUUUACUUUCUGCUGCCUUGAAGUGGAAUUCAGGAAUUCGGCCAUCGACUUCAUUGUUUUGGGCAUGUGAGAGUGGGUGUGUGUAUGAGGGGAACCCCUCAUCAUCAGCACCGAGCUCGCUCAGCUGUUGGAUAUGUGGCUACUGGCGUAUCUUGUCUUGGCGUUCAGCUCCUCAGACCAUGCAAACACUGUAAAAGUGUACUUUCAAUCCGAAAAUUUCCAUAAUGUGCUGCGCUGGGAUAAGUACGACUCUCCAGACAACCAGAGCCUCUUCUACAGCGUGGAGUACAACUCGUACGGCGAAGAUUUCCAACCAAAGAUUGGGUGCCAGGACAUCACAGCUCUUUCCUGUGAUCUCUCCGAUGAGACACCUGUGUCUGGACCUCAUGCCCAGUACGUAGCACAGGUGAAGGUCGGCGGCAGGAUAAUCGGAGAGACAGAACGAUUCUCUCCCCUCAUGGAUUCUGAGCUGGGUGCACCUGAUGCGGAUGUGACAUUCAAUGGUUCUGUCAUGACUGUGAGAGUGAAACUUCCGAUGGGCCCAAACAACAGGAGCCUGGUGGAGAUCUUGCGCCGUCCACCAUUUUACAUGAUCACUCUCACGCACAACGCAUCAGGAAAAGCUAUUGCUCAAGUCCAUACAAACACAUCUGAACUGUUUGUCAUCAGCAAGUUGCACAGAGACACAGAGUACUGUGGCUCUGUGACCUACAACAUCGAAAAGCUGUGGAGACGACCACAGAGCAAGGCCUUCACAUUUUGUAGGACUUCACCAGAGCAUGUGGAGUCACGGCGAUUCCUGUACCUCCUGGUGGCUGGGAUAGUGCUGAUCCUGCUCGUUGCAAUCCUACUGUUCGUUUGGCGUCUCCUGAUAUGGAGGAGGGGCGCCAAGCCCGAAUCACUGAAUUUUGUCGGCAUCACCUCUACACCUCUGACUAGUGAGAAAACCAACAUUUCCGAAAUCAAGAUACAACCAGAGGAAUUCACUAUUGCUGACAUUGUAACGCCUGACAAAAAGACAGGAUCCACAAGCAAACACGAGGGCUAUAAUGCCCCACAAGGCACCCACGCAGACCCUUGGCACUGCCAGACGUAUAGCACCCAGCAGUUGUCACCGUGUGAGGAUUCCCAGGGCAGUGCCCUGUCCUCGCCCCCCUACAGCGUAGUGGUGACAGUAGACGUGCACACCAGCAGUGAGGACGAGAGCUCGCCCACAAGCACACGACCGGGGCCCAGCCUCAGCGGUGUGAGUAGCCCACCCCUGGCAUCAGGCUCGGACCUGCACGGGCAUCAGAGGGGUGAGGUUGCAGAGGGAGACCCCCAAAGUCCACAAUCUGGGCCUCUAAUCCUGCAGUUCUCCUCCGAUGGCAAGCUUGAGGUGCCCUUCCUGCUCCGCCCUCCCUGGACUAUCGGGGACCAUGACCCGCAGGAGGAGGUCUCCGAGCAGACAGCGCUGUUGCCAGUUCAGCCGGAGAGGGGAGGGCUCGGGGAGCAGUCUCCUUUCCAUCCCAGCCUCUCCAGCCUCAAGGUGUGGGACCCGUACCCCUUCCAGCAGGAGGAAUCGGAGGAAUCGGAGGAAUCAGAGGAAUCAGAGGAAUCGGAGGCAUGUGCGACGAACACUUACAUCUCAAACAAGGUGAUCUCAUCUCCGCAGGGGACCACCUCCUAUCUUCCCGUCCACGAGCAGUUCUGCUCUGCUCCUUUGGCUAGCACCUCCCAGGAGACGACCUCCUACCUUCCCACCCAAGAGCAGUUCUGCCCUGCUCCUUUGACCAGCACCUCCCAGGAGACGACCUCCUACCUUCCCACCCAAGAGCAGUUCUGCCCUGCUCCUUUGACCAGCACCUCCCAGGAGACGACCUCCUACCUUCCCACCCAAGAGCAGAUCUUCCCUGCUCCUUUGACCAGCUCCUCCCAGGAGACCAGCACCUCCUACCUUCCUGUCGUAGAGCAGCUCUGCCCUGCUCCCUUGGCCAGCACCUCCCAAACAAUCUACAGACAGAACUGGGUGCCUCCUCAGCCGGUCCCUGAGAACUUCACCGGGCAGAGGUGAGUUUGCAGAGUGCUUGGGUCAGCCUUGCAGAGGGGGAUGACCAGGGAGACGGGGAGGAGGAGGAUGAGGACGAGGAGAAGGAGGACGAGGAGAAGGCCCGCAAAGGAGACUUUUUAAAAGCAUGGAUGCUACAGAUUCAGAGCUCAGGGUAAUUCGAGGACCCAGACACUAACGAGAUGCCAAGCAUAACGAGGGUAAUUGGAGGUUUCCAGAGACUAACAAGAUGCUCUGGAUGCAGAGUGGGUGGACAUUCCGUUGUUAUGGUUGUGAGAGAGCGAGAGAAGGGGCCACCUGUGCGGUAGACUGAGCACAUGUGGGGAGUUGCUAGUUCAAAUGAUGUCUGACAAAGACUGGACAGUCAAAGGUAGAGCCCAUGGCAGGUUGUUGAUAUAGGAGCUCAACGGCCAAUUAGAUUACACCCCUCCAUUCCAUUCCCUUUUGAUUCAAUGUGUUAAUUGGCAGGAAUUAUUCACGGCUUGAUGUAAGCCACAUUGUUUCCCAUUUACAGAACAAGGACUUUGUCUGAACAGGUGUUUGUGAGCACACACAGAGUGGACAGCUAUGCAACUGUGCAGAGAAAUGAAUCUGGCAAGAGAGCGUAUUUGAUUAAAGCCUCGGACUCUACCUUUAAGAGAGCGUACAGGGUUACCUAAUAUGCUUCAGUAGGACAAACACAGACCCACUAUUUGAGCAUAACCACAGCUUUGCCAUGUUGGAAUUCUUGUUGGAAAUAUCUGAAAUAUUUCAGUGUCACUGAGAGUACUGUCGUAACAUUUUACCGUGACCUUUUCCCUAAACGUGAACUUUUGAGAAAAUGUACAUCUGAAAAGUUUGGGACUAAGCGUAAAACAUAUCUGUAUAGCAGUGUUCUGUAGCAGUAUCUGAAAACCACACAGACAAAAAGAUUGUGAGUUAUUUUUUUAUUUUAUUUUUUGUACGAUUGGAUAUUAUGGUGUUUGGAUUGCAUGUACACACAGCCAGUUUGCCCUGGUGGAGGACUUCCUCGUGUGGUGAGAGGAUCAGCUCUCUCAGUUGUUCCAGUAAGGUUUUAAAUCUGUUAAAUCCUUGCAGAAGCAGCACAGCGUGUUUGAACAGCUAACUCCUCACAAAAGCAGUACAGUAAAUCAGGACACGUUUCAGUGUACAGACAGACUUUGACAAGCUUUUGAUCAUUCCCCUAUGGUACACAACUCCUGUCUUUAAGACCUAACAAUGUAUAUAUUCAGUGUAUACAGUGUCUACGUAUAUUUUUCCUUACCAUUCUCCUCUCUAAGCACUUUGACUGAAGCUCAGCCUAACUGUAGCAUUUGCAUCCAGUGAUUUCUAUACUUUAAAUUUAACAUACCCGCCCCCCCCCCCCCCCCCCACACACACACACACACCCUUCACAUGUUGUCCCAUGUGUUUCAUCACCACCGUGCCCCACCCCUGAUCCAUGUCAUGGUAUAGUCAUUUCUGUAUGUGUCAUGUAAGAAACUUAAUACUUCAGAUAUUGAGAUGGUAAUCCUCAUUAUUGUUUAUCCUUGAUUUGUCUAUAUAUAGUGCAGACUGCAAUGACUUCAGAAGUUGAAUGAUGCAUCAGUGGGAUGCCAUCAGUGUAGCAUUGUGAAGCACUGUUUUUCAGUCAAUAGUGCAUGCUACUCUUCCUGUAAACCCACUUGGUAUUGAUAUUGAUAAAAGCUUAUUUUUUGAAUAAUUUAUUGCUUCUGAUGUCUACUGGGCCAUCUGUUUAACCUAUUGUGAAGUUAUAAUAAUGUUCAUUUGUUUGCCAAAUUGAGAAGUUGCAAAUACCAGACUGAAUCACACUUUAUUUAAGCGCAUUUUGCUUCAUUUAUCUAUUAAUUGUACACUGUGUGUGUGUGUGUGUGUGUGUGUGUGUGUGUGUGUGUGUAGUCUGUAUGUGUGUGUGUGUGUGUGUGUGUGUGUGUGUGUGUACUCUGUGUGUGUGUGUGUGUGUGUGUGUGUGUGUGUGUGUGUGUGUGUUUCUUUCUUGACAUUUUAUACUCAUGUCAAUCACUAUGAUUAGUUUUAUGGUAUUAUUUUUUUUUUUACGAAAAUGAAAAGGAAUUGUAGAGCAAACAGUUGUAGAGAACGGUUUGCUCUGCGAUGUUGUCCCUCGUUAUGAGGAAGUCUCCCGUCCCCAUGUAAUGAAGAUAUAUUUCUCACCAGGCCCAGCUGAUGCCCUGUGGGCGAGGCCAAUGGUGGUGUAAAAUCCAGUUCAUAACGACUGCCUCAAAGGAUUGUGUGAUAGCGUUAUCAUGAAGCCAGAACUCUGAAGUGUAAGACAGGUUUAUUUUUGUAUGUCAUACUGACAGCGAUAUUUGCCCCCCCCCCCCCACGUUGCCUACUGUUGUAUGUAAUUCCAUGUUCACACUAAAUACAUUAAAAUAAAUAAAUUUUAAA